UUUUCCCCCCCAUCAGGCGAAGGUGGCGAUUGAGGCGGAAGAGGGUGGCGCCUGUAGCUGAGGUUGGGUUGACGCGGGCCAAAAAGAGCGCUGGAACCAGCUCGGUCUGGGUCAGAGCAACCGCACGUCGGAGGCGACGGUAGGUGGUAGUCGCUGCCGUUGAGGUAAACAAGUCAGAACUAAACUCUCUCAAGCUUUCAAUCACUGGUUGAAUGUUCCUGAAGAUAAACUUCAGGUCUUUGAAGCGUAUUGAACUCCUGUUAUCUCACAAUGACCAGUAGCAUUCCUCCUGAUGCAGUGGGUCGGAGAAUCCUCUGUAAUGGAGAAUAUGGAACUGUUCUCUAUGUUGGCAGUGUUCCUCCUACAGCAGGUAUUUGGCUUGGAAUAGAAUGGGACAACCAUCAAAGAGGAAAACAUAAUGGUAACCAUGAAGGAAUACAGUAUUUUAAAUGCAGGCACCCUACCGGGGGAUCCUUCAUCCGUCCAAAUAAGGCAAAUUUUGGAGUGGAUUUCCUUUCUGCUGUAAGGAAGCGGUAUGGAUUGGAUGAUGAUGAACAGGAUAAUGAAAAUGAAACAGAAGCAUCGUUGGUAAUAGGAAGGAAGACAGUGGAACGUGUUGGGUUUGACUCAAUUAAAGAAAAGCAAAAGCAAUUGAAUAAAUUGACCGACAUCUCAGUAGAUGAAUGUGCAGUGAGCCUUGCUGGACAAGAUGAGGAAAUCAGGAAAGGAUGCCCUAACAUCAGAAGAAUAAAUCUGUCAACAAAUCUUUUGUCAUCCUGGAUGGAAGUGAUAGCUGUUGCCCGCCAAGUUGAAAAUCUAGAACUUGUAAAUCUCAGUCAAAACAAAAUGAAAUUUCCAUCUGAUUCACCGCCUACUUCAGGAGCAUUUUGUAAACUGAGAGUUCUGGCCCUUAAUCAAACAGGUGUAACAUGGGAUGAGGUUCUUUUAUGUGCUACAGGGUGGCCUGCUCUUGAAGAAUUGUACCUUGCAUCCAAUGAAAUAUCAGUUUUACAAAGACCCAUAGAUGUUCUGCAGACUUUGAAAUGGUUAGACCUUUCAGACAACCAGUUAACGGAUGGAUACCAACUUCAGUUAAUAGCUGGUCUCCCCAGGUUGGAACGACUAAUACUUGCAAACAAUGAAAUUUCUUCCAUAUGCUUUCCUGAUGUAGAAUUUGGUAAGAAGACAGCUCUGUUUCCUUCUUUAACACACCUUGUAGUGAAGGGCAAUAGAAUAGCAGAAUGGUCAGUUAUCAAUGAACUUGAUAAACUACAAAGUCUUCAGUCAUUUGACUGCCGGAAUAACCCUUUAAUGAAUACUGACAAAAACGUAGAGACCGUAAAACAACUUAUUAUUGCCAAAAUAGGCCAGUUAAAGUUUUUGAACAAGUCCCAGAUCUUUCCUGAAGAAAGGAAGGGAGCAGAACUUGACUAUAGGAAAGAGUUUGGAAUUGAUUGGAUAAAAGCUGGUGGCAAUCAAGACCCAAAUAAAAACAAUCCAAGUAAAGAAUUUCUCGCUUCCCAUCCUAGGUUCCAAUUACUCUGUGAUAAGUAUGGCACCCCUGAAGAUGGAGAGCUGAAAAAAGAACAGCCCUUUUCCCUGAAAAAUCAAUUGCUGUCUUUGACUAUAAAGUGUCCUGAUAAACCUGAUCUGAAGCCCGUAGAGAAGAAACUUCCAGAUUCAAUGACUAUUCAGAAGCUGAAAGGAUUGCUGUAUCGUCUACUUCGAAUUCCAGGUUCAAAACUGAAACUAUCCUAUGAAAGUUCUAAAAUGAAGGGCAAAGAAUUUGAACUGGACAACGACCUCAAGCCCUUACAGUUUUACUCUAUUGAAAAUGAAGACUGCAUUCUAGUGCGCUGGUAGCAGCCGAAAAAUGAAGUUUUUGAAGAGCAUUGAUGACAGGCUGCUUGCAGAAACUCUACAAUUAAAUGUACAUACGUUGAGUGUUAACUGUAUAUUUUUGGAAGAACCAUGAUUUUUUCUUAGUGGAAAGCUACUUACCAAAUAAAUUAUUGGUUCCUGUAGCUUGUGGCAUUAAAUGUCUUUUAAGAAUACUUUCAUACCUACUAUUGGAAAUAGGGAAGUUUAAGCAGUUUAUAGUGAAAACAAGUAAAAUCCAUGACUAUGCUAAAUUACUAAUUAACAUAUAGAAUAAUCAGUGGGAAUUUGAUAUGCAGUUUUUAAAAAGCCUACAUAAAUCCUAUAAUUUUCUUGUGUUAAAGGAACCAUCCCGCUCCUCACUUCAGUGGGAGACAUAGUAUUCAACCCAUAGAAAACUAGGCAAGGUAUUUUUAUUUCCUGUAUAGCCCACUGGUCAUAUUUCUAACAAGCAAUGACUGCUGCACUUAAAAGAAUAUUUAUGGAUUGAUUCUGUGCCCAGCGUUGCAUGGGGAAAACUCCAAUGUACUUCAAGAUAGAAAGGGGAAGAGACAGAAUUACCGCAGAAUCACCUUUCAGAGGCAGAAUCACAGAAUCACCUUUCCUAACUGCCAGCUGCAUGAAAGAUCGAUAGCUGAUUCAUGUUAAUGAAUCUGACUCAUAGCAUUAAAAACAUCUCAGUAUCACUUGGAUUCUUUAAACUUUAAUAAACCACUAUUUAUGUAAUCUUGCAUUUGUGCUCUAUAAAGAAGCAUGUUGACAUGGAACUUCAGGCUUGAUUAAAAGAUUCUUACACUGGCA